UAUAAUCUAAUGAGCCAAACAAACAGAACCUUCUCCCAAUGCCUAUAAAUAUAACAUCAUUCCUCUUCCACUCCCAUCACCAAAUCAAUACCACACAACCAAACUUUACAUAAAAACAUGCAAUCAACAUGUUUGAUCAAUUCCCCACGAGUCUUCUUCCAUCCAUUUUCAUCUUCAAAGUCAUGUUGUAGCGGUGGCAGGAAAAGUUGCUGUUUAUCUCCGAUUAAGGCUUCGAUGAGAGGUUCAGCAGAUCAGAAUUUCAGUGGAAGGUUGGUGGAUGAGGGCAUGAUAACACUGAGGAAGAGGAUCCAUGAGAUGAACAUGAUAGAGAGGAACUACGAGCCACCUGCAGAUUGGAUGGAUUGGGAGAAACGCUGUUAUACAAAGUAUGACUCCAUGAUUUGUGAAGCAUUGGGAGUUUUGCAGACGCAGUUGAUGAAUACUAGGCCUAGUUUGGCUCUUGGAGCCAUGGCUUUGGUUGCAAUCAGUGUUCCAACUUCUUCUGCUGUGGCUUUCUUUCAUUUGGUUGAGUUCGCUAAGGCUGUUCUUGCUGGAGUUCAUCCCUCCUAGACCACAACAUUUUUCAUUACAAUUUACAUCUGUUGAAUAGUGGUUUGAUAUUUGGAAAAACCAUUCAAUUCAUCUCAAUUAUAAAUAAUAGAUUUUCAUUUUACCUAUAUAACUCGUAAUCAGUAAAUGUUAUGAAUUGACUCUCUUUGUAACUGUGAUCUGUUGCUUUUACUUGAAGAAUAUCUCGUCAUCAUCAGAUUCCUAACUCAAAAGGAAAAUACACAAGAAGAAAAGGGUGUUUCUUACUUUCUUUCCCAUA